AUGUGUGACCCUGACCGCGGUUGCCUCGGCUUUGAAACUAUCUGGAACGCGAACGCCCUUCCACCCAUUUCGAAUGGGCUACACUCUGGUGAUGCCGCGGCACUGAUGUGCGGUGGUGCUACUGUCUGGACUGUGCUUAGUCGUUACGGCAUACAGCCUAGAGAUCGUGUUGGAGUAUUGGGCAUCGGCGGCAUGGGGUAUCUGGCCAUCAAAAUGGCGGCUGCGAUGGGAUAUCAUGUUGUUGCUUUCUCUGGAUCGGAGUCCAAGAAGGCGGACUGCUUAGCCUUUGAGACUAAAGAAUACUAUAUGACUAGCGGCGAAUCAAUGGAAGGUCUGACUACACUGAUUGAUUUCUAA